CGGCUGUCUGACAACACAAGUGUCUCAUUUGUUUCGCGAGGAGUGCACAGCUAAAAAUAUUUUCGUUGAGCCGUGGUAUGACCAGCUAAUAAUCCGUAGAAAAAACGUUGUUGUUGAUCUUGAUUCGUCCAGAUGCCGACGGCACGGUGGCAUUUUCGAGUGAGUAGAUCGAGGUCUUCCUCUUCCAGGGGGCUCAAGGGGAAACUUUUUGGUGGCGUCAAAGUCAAAAGGGCCCGCUCGUUUUCUGGCAGAGAAAAACAGAAAUGGUCUGCGACGAAGGAACCGAAAGACGACACAGCCACCACUGUCAGUGACUCUGAGGCUAAAAACAAUGCACGUCGGCCAAGAAGGCGCACCACAGGAGGUUCAGAGGUUGGGGAGGAGGUGGAAAAGGCAAAGAGAUUACAAGGUCAGGGGAAUUCCAGUGAACCAGAUGCCCAGUCCACGCAGACUCUUUCUCGCCAGCAGAUUAUUGCCAUGGUGAAGAAACGGUUUGGUUUGAAACCAGGAGAAGAGAAUGGUAACAAGCCAAAUGGAAUUCAAGAAGAACCACCGGCUAUACCACCACCUCCAGCUUCUUCUCCAAAGCAAAAAAGAUAUGAGCUGUUGUUGGACAAACCAGGGACAUAUCCAACAAUGCCAAGAAAAGAAGAAAACCACGUGUCUCACACAACCUCAACACCAGGGGUUGUAUACCUACAGUAUGGUGAUGAGAUCAAGCGUGCAAUGUUACCAGCAGGAAUGGAAGGUCUUCAACAAGUACAGACAUUGUUUAAUCAAACGUUCUCCGACAAGAUCAAGAACAAUGACAACAGAAAGACCAUCUACAUAAAGGACAACUCUUGUGGAGUGUUCUAUGAACUUGACAAUGUCAGUGACUUGUCAAAUAAGUCUCACCUGAAGAUGCUUGAGUCCAGACCAUUCCAGAAUGGUCCUGUCCCUCAUUCUGUCAGCAGCCCAACUGCUGUACACAUAGGAGCUCAGGUAACAAGCACACCCCUACCUAACCACAGUCACUACGCACCAGCUGAUGUCAUCCACAGUGGCGGCAAUGGCAAUGUCAGAUACACACGAACAACAACAGUGACAAGACAGGCAAGUGGAGGUCCCAGCAUCACAACAGUUACAAGAGUGGUUGGUAACGAAGAAGGUGAAAAUACGUUGCCGCACACUGGAGGAGGUUCUCUGAUGAAUCAAAAGAAAGUUCCAUUACCUGGCCUUGGAACAACUCUGAAACCAAGAAGGUCAUCACGUGACCCAGUUGAGGAUCAGCUUGACACCCUUACCAACAUGCUUGAAGAUGCCCUUAAAACAGGGAGCCAUGAUAGCUUACCAGGCAAAAGUGCUGAAGAGAGUGCGUCCAGCUCGCAGAGCAGUUUUAUUGACCAUGGUUCAACAGAAGGUAAUGAACCAAGUCAUUUGCAGACGUUUAGAACACGGUUCAGGAGUGAUUCUGGAAAUGAGUCCCUGUCGUCUGAUGUUAGCCCGACUCCACCCCUAGAAGGUAAACCCAAACAUGUACCUGCCCCACCCCCCAGAGCAUCUAGUUCCAGAGAAUCUUCUUUGAAAUACAGUCAGACACUUCAAAGAGAACACGCCCCUAGAGCAACUAAGCGAGACAUCAGUGUACAGUAUCAGACGCAGACACUUCCACUUCCGUCAUCAAAACCAAGACAAUGGUCAUUGGACAGUCCCACACCUUUGUCAUCAAACAGUUCAGCCUCUUCUGGCAGCCAUGCCUCGGUCAAAUAUGAAGGUCGUGUUAAGGACAAGAGAGCUCUUGAGGUACGAGCAUCAACACUCCGUGGAGACAUGAGGAUGCUGAGAGCUGAGCUUAGUCAGCUGAAACAGUUCCAGACAUUCCAAGCGCAACAGUUUGAAGAAAUGAUGAGACAUGCAAAGGAACAGAUUGUACAACGUGUUGCACAGAUAAGCAAUGCUGAUGAUACUGCUCUGAAGUCUGGGAGACGGAAAGUCCAAAUGGAGGAAAUGACUUACAUUCGAGGAAAGAACGAUAUAAACAGGCAUAUAAGUGAACUGGAAAGCGAAGUGGAGAUGGUUCGGUUGGAUGUUGUUCAAAAGAGAUGUAUUGGCAAUCCUGCUGAAGUGGACAGUCUUAACAGUCAGCUGUCAAUCAUAAGUCGUCAAGUCUCUGAUUUAAAGAGUGAAUUUGCUGAGCUCCAUGACAACAUGAAAUCUAUCAUGGCUUCAGAGUUGGAGGUUAUUGUCCAGGGAGAUAAGUUUUUGAAAGAAGAACCUUCUAAACUGGAAAACCUGGUUAGCAGGUGUAAACACAUAACUGGGACAUUGUUUACAUUGCAAAAGUUAGUAUCUGCUCAGCAACAAAUGAAGAGUGAAAGUGAAGCUUCAUUCAGCUCUCUAGAGGAUGUUGAUAAAGAUGUGAUUGAUAGUAUACGCUCGGUCCAAAGAGAUUAUAUUCCAAAAAGAACUGCAGACCAUUAUACUGAGGAACCAGUUAGGUCAUCACCAGGCAGGGGUCGUCCAAGAGUUCGCUUCUAUGAUGAAGUGACCCAGCUUCCAUGAAUUGCAGAAAAAUGCUGAUUAGAACAAUUCUGAAAUGGGCACAAUGGUCACAAGACUCAGAAACCCAGGAAGCAGAAGUACUGCGGUUCCAUUCCAUCAUGAAAUGAGAUCACAGAUCAAAUUAGGAACAGAACUUCUUUCCUCAAGGUCACAUACCCUUUAUCAGGUUGCGGCAAAUUAGAAAAAGGAAUCUUUUGUUCUUGGUGAAAUACCACAGAUGUGUGAUAUUGUUAGAUUUUGUAGUUACAGUAUCUCUUUUUACAGAUUUUAAUCAUACUAAGGCUUUUUUUGGGUGCUGUCUCAAUGCAGUGGAUUUUAUUUUUGAUUACAUUUGUAAGGCUUAGAGGCUUCUAGAGAGCAGCAUCAAUCAUUCUCAUUUAAAGUUACACUGAUUGAUAUAAAUAAUUAAAUAACAUAACAUCUUAAGCCCAGUUCAAAAUCUCAAGCCUGUGAAUGAACUUUACUACGCAUAGUGCAACUACUUUGCAUAACAUGAAAAAGUGACAGUCUAAUCAAUUUACAUUGGUAAAUUUUGAAGUAGUAUUAUGUGUGAUUCAACUUUUAUAUGACUCUGGCUGAAACAUUCACUUUAACCUCAUGCGCAUGUGUUUGCAACCAGUCCCAAAAGAUUCAUGACAAAUAAAAACAUCCUGACAGCCACGUUGGAUGACACAAACAAAAGAAGCCAGUUAGAAAUUGUUUGAUAUUGUAAAUGUCAUCCAAAUAUGGGGCAAUGACAUCAUGUGGAAACCAAAAAUUUGUACUAUUUUUCUAUGGUAAUUAAUUUCCAUUGAUCAAUUUUCUAUAAUCAACCUAGUGUGUCACUUAGCUCACAUGUAAUUUAAGGCAUGGCAGUUCUUCAGAAACUUAUUGCUUUGUUCAUACCCACAAGAGUUCUUUUUUGAUUAACGAUGUUUUAACAUUUGGACUGGGCUGAGAGAAACAAAAUUCAUUGACAUUUAAGGUCCCAGGCCAAGUCAAAUUUCUCCUAAUUACUCUCAUCAAGAGAAUUAAGUUUUCAAUCACGACAGCUUUUGCUGUGAAGAACGGGUUCUUCAUUAUAAUUGAUCACACAGAGUAUCGAUGAUGAUAUGUCCAAAUCAUGAUUGUUUUGGUCAGUACCAAGAAUCGCGACCUCUGGGUGGGUCCAACAGCUGAAGUCCUCAAUAUCCAGACUUCCUAUCAAAUCUGACAAAUCUGAUUAGUUGAGAGCACAAAACAAGUACUCUGCACUAGCUAAAAAAUAUCAGACAUGGCUAGAGCUCAGGAUUCUUUAUUCUGACCAAAAGGAUCACAGCCUGGGUGGAACAAGGACGGUUGCUACUGGUAAUCCAGACAAGUCAUUAUGAUAUUGAUUUUUGGUACAGUUUCAAAAUUAACAUAGCUUUCAUAGUGCUGCCAUUGCAAUGACACAAACUGUCACCUUGCUCUCUUCAAAUGUGACUCUACAACUAUAACAGCUUUUUUUACGAUUUUACUUCUAUAGAACUUUUUUACAUAAUAUUUCCAAGAACAUAGAAGUGUUGGUAUGCAGUUUUCAUGCUGUAACUGAAUACCAGCCAUUAAAUUUUAAUAUAAAGUUCUCAGAAUUGUGACUCACUCAUCUCCAUUAUUUGAAAUAUCCUUUCCCGUUUCACUGUUAAUGUCUAAAAUUUCUGGAAAAAAAGUUAUCAUUAAGGUUAAUGGAUUACACGUAUGUACCUUGAUGUGAUAUUGCCUUAUCAGAUAGGUAUUUAAGUAUUUGUAAAGAUAUUGUUUUAUGGCUUUGAAUUUUGUCAUGGCUUAUUUUACUUGUACUUAAAUCUGCUUUGUAGCAGAAUUUAGUCUAGUAGGGGAGGGGUCCUGGGUGGGGCUGGGAGGGUAGGGAAUAGAUAUUCCUAGAGGAGACGAAGGGAAGAAACCUUGUUGUCUAGCAGUGGUUGAUGAAUUGUAGUUUUUAAAGAAUAAUAAAUAAAUGUACAAAAUAUUGUGAACAAAAUA